CAGUACAGUCGCUGGACUCGCAGCUGCGGCCGGUUUUUAAUCGAUUUACCGAUUAAAAUGAUCCGCACUCCCAAAAGAGCCUAUCCCAGCCCUCUGAACGACAGCCUGGAGAAGAGCAUCAGGCGCAUUUCCAUCGAGGGGAACAUCGCGGCGGGAAAGUCCACUUUUGUCCGCGUUUUGGAGGAACAUGAUAAAGAGUGGGAGGUCGUACCGGAGCCCAUCGCCAGGUGGUGCAAUGUACAAACUCAACACAGCGAGUUUGAGGAGCUGACCACCUCUCAGAAGAGCGGGGGGAACGUCCUGCAGAUGAUGUAUGAGAAGCCCGAGCGCUGGGCCUACACGUUUCAGAGUUACGCCUGCAUGAGCCGCGUUCGCGCUCAGAUCAAGUCUGCCAACGGCAAACUGAGCCAGGCUGAGAACCCCGUGCAGUUCUUCGAAAGAUCCGUCUACAGCGACAGGUAUAUCUUCGCUGCAAACCUCUAUGAGAGUGAGUGUGUGAAUGAGACUGAGUGGGCCAUAUACCAGGACUGGCACAGCUGGUUGCAUAAACAGUUCGGCCGGCACAUUGAGCUGGAUGGCAUCAUCUACCUGCGGGCAAAACCAGAGAGGUGUUUGGAGAGACUGCACCUCAGAGGCAGAGAGGAGGAACAGGGGAUUCCUCUGGAGUAUCUGGAGAAACUCCACUACAAACACGAAUGUUGGCUGCAGCACAAAACCAUGAGCAUGGAGUUUGACUAUCUGAGCAACAUUCCUGUCCUGACUCUGGAUGUUAACGACGAAUUCAAAGGAAAUAAAGUCAAGUGUGCUGAUAUGAUCGAAAAGGUGAAGGAGUUUCUGAGCACUCUAUGAGCCUCAACUAUUACACACACGUGUGUGUGUGUGUGAGUGAGUGAGUGAGUGAGUGAGUGAGUGAGUGAGUGAGUGAGUGAGUGAGUGAGUGAGUGAGUGAGUGAGUGAACACAGAAUGUGGGUUCUGCCCUUGCAUUAUUAUCCCCUGUCAUGCUUAUUUGAUUUU